AUGGCUGGUCCAAGACAACCAGGCCAAGGCCGUCAAACCAAACAGCAGCUUCAAAAACAGCAGCAGCUUCAACUGCAACAACAUCAGCUUCAUUUGCAGCAGCAGCCAUUGCUACAGUUACAACAGCAUUUAUUUGCUCAACAACAUAUGCGGCUUCAACAGCAGUUGCAGCAACUACAGCAGGGACAGAUCGAAAAUGAAUCUCCAGCUGGUGAUGACAACGACGAAGAAGAUGAGGAAGAAGAAGAUCAAGGUGAUGGCGAAGAAGAAGCCGAGGACGAGGAUGAGGAAGCUGAAGAGGCAGAUGAAGAUGAGGACGAAGAGGCAAAUAAUGACGAAGAGGACAACGAAGUAGAGGAUGGAGACGAGGAUGAAGCCACUACUACUGCCAACGAUGGCGAUGAGUUUCUCUCAAUGCUGGAAGACAGAAAACCCGACCAAGUGCUAAUGCAACGCAAUGCCAACGGAUCACAAUAUAGUACUGCUCACUCGGACAAAGCCGAGACGGAUGACCCACUUGCACAACUACAAGAUCUGUUGGAUGAUGUGAACAGUGCUCCACUUCCAAGUACAUCCGACAGUCAAGGAACAUUGCCUUCCACAAGUGCCAAAUCUACCAUAAAAGGUUCUGCUGCCAAUCCCUUUAUGCUCUCUGGAUCACAGUUUAUGCAAUCGCAGCAGUACUAUCAACUGCAGCUUCAACAGCAACAACAGCGGUUGCAGCAAUCCCAAGCAAAACAGAAACAGCAAAACUUACAAAGCUCCAACCUCCAUCCAGAUCUAAUGCUUCUGUUGAACAAAAUACCUGCCGAUAAGCAUGACUAUGCUAAACAAAUUAACGAAGAGCAGUUUAUUAGCGAGUCCAGUUCGUUGAUUUCUACCUCGUCACUAAUGAACCAGUCUUCCGCGUUAAAGGGGCACGGGGAUUCAGAUUUAUCCAACUCGAAGCGCCAUGGGGAUAAUUUUGCGUCAACGUCAAAAAGAUUCAAACAUGAUGCCAAGAACCAAGCAUCACUGCAGCAAGCACAGGCUCAGUUAUAUUCUGGAAACUCGCAAAAGGCAUCUCAGCAAUACCAACCUGCAUGGAUGAAAAUGAAUGCCAUGACUGCAAAUGCUGCAUACAAUUCAGGAUCACGUCGAAGUAUCAGCACGCCUGGUGUAUCCAUGUCAUCAGUCAAAUUGCAAAUACCUACAGCAAACGCUCCAAAGUCCAAGGCCGAAGUCGAUGUCACAAAGAUGGAUGUCGAGGGCAUGAUGGAUGUGACAAGCUAUGCCGGAGUUGAUUUGCGAGAGGAAGAGGUUGCCAUGACAGAUACGUAUGGAGCGCAAGGUCAAUUUAUGGCACUACCUGGCUUGCAAGAGCCACCAAUGUUAAACCUUUCGGUUCUUGACAAGCUUAUCAAGGAUUUUGCUAUUAAAACAGCAGGUAUAUCCAAUAUCGACCCAGCAUUUUCUAGAUUGAUUUCUCAGGCAACACGGGUGUAUAUUUUAAACUUUCUCCACCAUAUGCGAGCCAUUUCUCAGCAUAGAUCUGGCGCAAAUUUUGAAGAAUUUCUUGCUACUGAGCGCGAGUUAGUGUCUAGUCAUAUUACUAUGGAGGUUCUUCCCAUUGACGAUGUAAAAUCAGAGAUUGCAGUGUUUGAGGAACAUGAUAGAAAAGAAGAGGAGCGUAUGAUGGCUUUGCUGGGUCCCGUUGUAACCGAUGCAGGCGAUGGAACAGGAGAGGGCAAUGAUACGGCAUAUAUAAACAUCGCACCUCCUGUCACUGGAAAUCAAGCUGCAACUACUAAUGAUAAUGCCACUAAUACAUUGCUGGAUAUCAAAAAUGAUAAACCCGAGGGGGAUGCUGCCUUUUCCACAUUGAAAUCUGAUUCGGCAUCUACAGCAAUUCAAUCUACAAAUGGGUCUGCAGCCGUUACUGGAGAAAAACCAUCAUCUGUCGGUGCUACUGCAUCCACAUUUACUCCGACUGGAGCAUCCGUACCUGUAGCGGCACAAUCCAAUUCUGAUCUUAAAUCCACUGCACCAAAGGAAAAGGAAAAAAAGUAUAAGCGUAUAUCCAAACGUGAUAUGCCUGAAGCCAUCAAAAACAAAAACAUUAACAAGACAGCCUUAAUGGCAGCUGGAGGUGCAUUAAAAAGCUGGAUGUUACCGAAUGCAAGUGCGUCAUCUCGAUCCGAUGGAAUCCGUGUUGCAUCCGUCACCACGGGUGUAAGUGGUACCAUAAGCAAUACAGGUGAAUCUGCUGGAGGUGUUGGGGAUGCUAGCGAUAAUACUGCACGCAGCGGAAUUGGUGCUGCUACAGUUCAUCGAGCAUCUAAACGAAUCAUGCUUAAAGAUGCACUGUUUUCGCUUGAGCAGAAACCCAUGUUACGAAAGAGUGCUUUGCUUUACAAAUGGCUAGCAAAUGUCAAAUAAACUACUCUUUUUUGAGU